ACCAAAUAAUCUAUAUAUGAAAGCACACUCUUUUGUGCUUCUUCGUUUUUCAAGUUAUUACCUGCUUUUCAAAAUGGACGAGUCAUGGCGGAUGCGCAUGGGAAUGCCAACUCCCACUCUACCUCGCCGCCGCUCCACCGAGCACGCUCCUCGCCGCUCCAUAUUCGCCGCUGCUGCCGCAGCCUCCGCCGACUCCGAAGCUCUCGACCCUGAAGACUUCGCCGACGUCUUCGGUGGUCCUCCCCGGAGUGUCCUCUGGCGCAAGCUCUCCGGCGACUUCUCAAACACCGCUUCCUUCUACGAGGAAAUUUUCCGCCCCCCUGAUUUUUGCAAUCCGGCUGUCAAUGGUGGCCGGAGCUUGUUGGCUUUUAGGAUCCCGGCGAAGUCCGAAGGCUUCUACAGCGAUGUCUUCGGUUCCGACGACGAAAGGAGGUCCAGGGAGCGAUCGAGGCCCACCUCCAAGGCGAAGUCCAAUUCCAAGUCCAACUCUUCCUCUGUACUCAGCUCCGAGGAGCUCAGCCCUCUCCGGCCGCUCAUUGUAGACGACGUCGCAUUGUCUUCCUUCACUUCCAAGCUCAGGCCAAUCAAUGUCCCAUAUAGAUGGAACUCAUCCGCAAUGAUGCCAGGCUUGCCAGAAGAGGACAAUUCAAUGAAACAAAACAUGCCAGCAUUUCAUUGUAAUCGUCCUUCCCAUGUGGAAAACCAUUUCAUGGAAAAUGAUCAUUACAAUGACAAUUUCAAGAGCUCUUAUUUUGGCUCAUCGAGAAGAGUUUCGUCUCCUGAAACCAUUAGCCUCGAACCCAAUUCGUAUCGAAGUGUUAAGUUAUGUGUGGAUGAUCACGAACUCAACAACUCCCCAUCAUCAGUUGUCUCUUCACAAAGUCGAGAAGAAACUGAGGCCAGAUCAGGAAUUCAGGAGGAUCAAGGGCCAGAACAACGAGAACUGGAUCAAGAUGAAGAUGAAGUUAUGAGUUCUUACGUGAUUGAGAUUAACUCUGACUACAGAGAAGGUACAUGUGAUGCCGUUGGUAUUGAUGAAGCAAUUGCAUGGGCUAAAGAAAAGUUCCAAAAACAGAGUUCUGAGGAAGAUUUGAGCGUGAGACAACAGGAUAAUAAUGAUCACUCUGUGGAACUUGAAAACGAUGGAGAUGCAAGAAGGCCUAACACACAGGUUUUCCCAGAUGAACAGAUGGAUAAACAUGGAACGGUUCAAUCUCCAGAGGAAGAACAGAGAAAGUGGACUUCUGAACAUGAAAAACAAUGUCAAGAUCGUAAAGACAUGGAAAUAGAGCUUUUGGAUGAAAACAUAAGCUUGUGGUCGGCUGGAAAGGAAACCAAUAUCCGUUUGCUGCUUUCUACUCUACAUUAUAUUCUAUGGCCCACCAGUGGCUGGUAUGCAAUCCCUUUGACAAGCCUAAUAGAAAGUUCGCAAGUUAAGAAGGCUUAUCAGAAAGCAAGGCUUUGUCUACACCCAGAUAAACUACAACAGAGAGGAGCUACACUCAAACAAAAAUAUGUUGCAGAGAAGGCCUUCUCCAUGCUCCAGGAUGCAUGGGCUUCAUUCAUUUCCCAAGAUGUAUUUUUCAACUAGAGAUCAACGAUUAGAAAUCAGCUUGGAACUCAGUUUUGACUUGAAGAUUAAUCGUGGACAACUUAUGAAUGAGCAAGUUUGGUAAUAUUGGAUUGAUGGAGAGGUGAAUCUGCUCAUUUUCAGUGCCAGAGACGUUACGGUUAAGAAGGGCCACUUGUUUAUGUGUUCAAGAACUUUGUACUCUACUGUCUUUACAUUUUCCGAAUAUUUAUAUAAAUGUUCAUCUUUCAAUAAGAAGAUAGUUCACUGCCUUUUGUGUUCAACCUGUAUCAUAUUAUGGAAGCCUCAUUGCAGGGGUUAAGUUCUUUUACUUUU